AUGAGCGCCGACGUCUCGCCCUCUAACUACAUUCCACCGCACGCAGACGCUUUCUCCCACCCGGGCCUGGCAGGUCCAGUGGAUGGUAUGCCGUAUCUCACACAACGGUACGCAUUGCCCAUCCACCAGCCCGGUUUUCGCGGCGACAGCCAUGACGCCACGAGUAGUGGUGGAGAGCGUACGCCUCUUGCCGAAAAUACACUACGAAGAAAGACGCCCAACGGCACUCUGAACGCUGGCUACGAUGCUUCUGCGGACCACCUGACUCCGCCGCUCAAGCAUCAGCUUCUUCCUCUUGGCGAGGACCACAGUUCGAGACUAGUAUCAGGCUCUGCCCAGAGCGGCCAGCGAACCUUUCUUCAACAUCAGCAUCAGCAACAACAGCGGCAGAACGCUGGCUUUGGAGGAUGGAGCACUCCCAACGCACUAGGCUGGCAGGGUGGACAGUUCACGCCCUCUCCAAGCGCAUUCCCUGUCAUGGAUUCAAUGUUGAGCCAAGGCUUACCGCCGCAGCAUAUGAACAUACAACAGUACUAUGGUCAAACAGUCCCGAGCGUCAUACAGCCUUCUUUCCAGUAUCUUGGCCCUACUGCGUCUGGCGGGCAAGGCUCUGGGCCGUACGGUCCGUACUGGCAUGACGGCACUUUUGUCCCUUACAGGCCCGCCGCAGUCCGCGAUCCGCGAUUCUAUCAACAUACGGUCGGUCAUUUCGCAGGUUCGCUUCCAAGCUCCCAACUUGCCUACCAAGCAAAUCUCUGGCAGCAACAGAAUUCGGGCCAGAGCCCAUGGACACCGGCGCAGGGUGUACCUCCCUACACACCUCCGGCUCUCAACUUCCCCUCAGCACCUCACCAUGGCCACGUUGGUGCUGGGUUUGCGUCUGGCAAUCACAUGCUACCUAGUGGCGGACAUUUCAGCGCGGCACACCAGAGCCCAAUGUCUUCAUUACCCUAUGCACCGAAUGAUCAGUACCGUCCGUGUAACGUCGAUGACGAGUACGGGCCAACGUCACCCAACGGACGGCAGCGUGACAAGACUUUCCAAUGGGCAUUGCAACAAUAUAGAGAUCUGAUUGGCUACAUUCACCAUACGAGAAGCCAUCAUCAACAAAGCAGACAGGCCAAUGGUCAACACCACGUCUCUCAUCGGCCAAGCUUUUAUCCUAAACCUCCACGACAGUCGGCUUCUGGAUCCUCGUUGCAGCUUUCGAAGGCGAAAGCGGACUCUGAUGCUCUGACUACUAACAGCGACGAGGAUCCACCCAUUAGCCCAUCCAACACUGUCAAGGCUGUGAAUGUUGAUCGAAGUAGCAACACCCCGAAACCACAUCCUAUCUCCGUAUGGUCACCUUCAGGGGUACACUUCCACGACAACGAAUAUCAUCGACGUGCUUCUCACGACCAAUCCCAUGGCCCAACUCAGCUGCCGGCUCAUCUACUCCUUCACCAGCCGGAUAAGAGUCGCACGCUACGUCGCUCGACCGGUUCCUCCAUUUCAUCGAUCGUCUCGCCCGUACCGCACGACGAUUCUCCUCCCUCGCGCGCGAGCCAAGCUUUACAGCAUAUCACGAGGCUUUGCCAAGGAACAGACUGGCAAUGGACCGACGGGAUGCAUCUGGGUGGUUGUUUAGCGUAUGGUCUUGGCAACUAUCAGAAGGCCUUGCGUUGGUACACAAAGGUCUUGGAGCGCGAUCCGAAGCACUUGGAGGCUACUUCAAACAUGGCCGCAACCCUCUUGGCACUCGGCCAGCGGCUAGAAGCAGAACAGCACUGGAUGCAGGUCAUCAAAGUCGCCCCAAACCAUUUUGAAGCAGUGGAGCAUCUUGUGGGACUAUUGUGCAACGAGCAGCGGAGCAAAGAGGCAAUCAAGGUCAUUGAGUAUGUCGAGCGCUCACUCAGGCAACCAAAGAGCUCAGAUACGCUCAGGGCGUCAGAUCGACAGAGCGAGUGUUCUUCAUCCACUGCGAGCCGGUCUCCCUGCAUUUCAGAAAAGUCUGACAAGAUUCUGUACGACUUCGAUGCGGACGGCGAAGGGCUUUCAAACGAGUGGCGCGACACGUCUGGAGUCGCAGAGCCGGGAUUUGGAUCGAGCGGAUUCGCGGUCCCAGGUGCCGACAAUGGUCGUAUUCUAGCGCUGAUUCACGCCAAAGGCAACAUGCUCUAUGGACUCGGCGACAACGCAGGCGCAGCGCGAGCAUUCGAGGAUGCAGUCCUCAUUGCCACUGGGCGCAGCUUUGAGAGCAUACAAGGCCUUGUCAAGCACAUACUAACCGUGGUUACGUCUACAGUCCAGCUACGGGCACAGCAUCAGGGGAAAACGAUGCCGUCUUCAUCAUCUGCGCCUAUCCUAUUAUCACCCGAGCAAGCACUGGCCACUGCAAAGUUGUGUUUUCCGUUUGGUGGGGAGCUGCCUGGACUGCGUUUCGUCUCGGGUGGAGUUCAAAAUCUAGCCCGCAAAGCGGUCAUGUCCACCACCAGCAACUCGCUGCUUUCUCUGGCGAAGAUUUUCCAAGACGGUAUGUCGAAUGCGCAUCGCUGCGCUGGGGUCACUCCGCUCGCGCACGGCGUGCGAGACAUACUUGCGCUCUACUACUUGUCACUCUCGUUGCAGCCAAGCCCUUCGACGGCCAACAACGUCGGCAUACUGCUUGCGAGCGUACAGCAAGCUGCUAGACCGACGUCUUCACAUCAGAAGAUCGAUAUCCCUGGCGUGGCGCCUGGGAGUGGCAUUGCACUAGCGCUGCAGUACUACAACUACGGCUUGCAGCUGGAUUCGCACCAUGCGCACCUCUACACUAACCUUGGUAGCUUACUGAAAGACAUUGGCCAGUUGGACGCUGCCAUCAACAUGUACGAGCGCGCGGUCAAGUGUGACGGUAAAUUCGAUAUUGCUCUCGCUAAUCUCGCGAAUGCCGUCAAAGACAAGGGUAGGAUCAGCGACGCCAUUGGUUACUACAAAAGAGCAGUGGAGGCCAGUCCGGAGUUUGCAGAAGCUGUCUGCGGUCUAGCAAAUGCCCUCAAUUCUGUCUGUGCUUGGCAAGCGCGAGGAGGCAUUGCUGAAGAUGGAGGGAGACGAGACAGAUGGCAUGUGGACGCCAAUGGCAUGCUUCUCGAUGCACGACAACCUGGUGCCACAAGCUCAGGUUGGAUCAAGCGCGUCGUCGAAAUCGUAGAAAAGCAGUUGGUCGAGGGUGAAAACUGGGGCCGCGGAAGCCUGACAACCAAUGUCCUCGAGGAAAUUCUACAGCAAGUCACCAUUCUCGAUGGACAGGAGGAAGACGCGAAAGACCGUGCUCAGAGCUUGAAGAAAACUACGACGGAAUGGAUGGGACAGAAGUGGGAAGGAGCAAGAGUCACAAGAUUGAUCGAGCGUGCGACGAGGCGCAUAGGAUGGCACUGGUACCGCGACACUUACGUGAGCGGGAAACAACGCACACCUUCGAGUUACAAUCGGCCUCAACUGCCGUUGGCAUUGACGGUCCCAACGGCGCCGACUGUCCUGCCGUUUCAUACCUUCACCUGCCCAAUGUCGGCAAAACAGAUCCGACUCAUAUCCCAAAGAAAUGGCCUGCGGAUAUCUGUUUCGACGCUGCGCUCACCCUGGCUGCCCAAGCAAGUCUAUCCACCGCCUGGACCGCCCACUCCCUGCCUACGUGUGGGCUACGUAUCGUCCGACUUUAAUAACCAUCCUCUUGCGCAUCUUAUGCAGUCCGUCUUUGGUCUCCAUGACCGUAGUCGGGUUGAAGCAUAUUGCUACGCGACGACUGCCGGCGACAACUCGGUCCAUCGUCAACAGAUCCAAAGGGAAGCGCCAGUAUUCCAUGAUGCCAGCUCGUGGUCGAUGGAGAAGCUGGUCAAGCAGAUCGUACUGGAUGGCAUUCAUAUUCUCGUGAAUCUCAACGGAUACACCAGAGGUGCUCGAAAUGAAGUCUUUGCAGCUCGGCCUGCCCCAAUCCAGAUGUCUUUCAUGGGCUUUGCUGGCACCCUCGGAGCAGAAUGGUGUGACUAUUUGUUGGCAGAUGAGACUGCCAUUCCCGUUGAUACUCUCCGACCGUGGCGACGAAAUGUUGAUGUCGAAGACCAGUUGGUGGAUGAGAAUAGCGGUAGCGAGAACAACGAUUGGGUCUACGGCGAGAACAUCAUCUACUGCCGGGAUACAUUCUUCUGCUGCGAUCAUAAACAGAGCGCGCCGGACGCACUGGAGAAGCGAAUCAGUUGGGAGGAAGAACAGAAACGUCGGUGGAAGAUGCGAAAAGACCUCUUCCCUCAGAUCUCGGACGACACGAUCAUCUUUGGCAACUUCAACCAGCUCUACAAGAUCGAACCAACGACGUUCCGGACAUGGCUGCGCAUUCUGGCACGCGUGCCGAACUCGAUCUUAUGGCUCCUGCGCUUCCCCGACCUAGGCGAGUCUCACCUGCUGGCGACCGCUCGCAUGUGGGCUGGUGCAGAAGUUGCCUCGCGCGUCGUCUUCACCGACGUGGCGCCCAAGCAUCUGCACAUUUCGCGUGCACGUAUUUGCGAUCUCGUCGUGGACACGGCAGAGUGCAACGCACAUACCACUGCGGCGGACGUACUGUGGAGCGGCACCCCUCUGCUGACGCUACCACGGUACGCGUACAAGAUGUGCAGCAGGAUGGCCGCCAGUAUUCUCAAGGGAGCCCUUCCCAAGGAUGACGAAGGAAAGCGCGCCGCGGAGGAACUCGUGGCCGAGGACGAAGAAGACUAUGAGGAGAAGGCGGUCGCUCUGGGUCGCUCUUUCUCCUACAUUGCCGGGAGUGAUGGCGUUGGACGGGGCAGGUUGGGGGAAUUGCGGAAGAUGCUUUUCCAUGCGCGCUGGAGCAGCGCUUUGUUUGAUACCAACCGAUGGGUUCGCGAUUUGGAAGAUGCCUACGAUGAAUCGUGGAAGCGAUGGGUCUCUGGCGAUGGGGGCGAUAUCUGGUUGGACCGGGUGCCCCGUCGCGAGGACAAGGGGGCAUGA